AUGGCAUUUCCUUUGACUCGGACGAUCCCAAACAUCCAUCCUGGCAGGACUGGGCAUAUGAACGAGAACGACGGGAAGCUGGCAUCUGCUCUGAUCACCCACUACUACCCGGCUACCGACAAAAUCGUCCAGGUUAUCCGCUGCAACGGGAAGAUCUUUGACAUUGAAUUAUCUGCCUCCUAUUUCUUCCGCUCACCAUCCAUCGAAUCCCGCUUCCGCGUGUUUUAUGAUGCGAUGAGAGCCAACUCAGAGGACGGCUCGGGCUCAUCAGAAGAUCAGAGGACUCGCGCGGACGACCGACGGGAGUACAUCUACUGGCUCAUGUGGCAAUUCACUCCUCUGAUCUACGAACUGGCCCAGGACAACCUCCCAUGUUUUGAGCCGGAAAAUAUCGACGCUGGGGAGCCGCAACCGCUUCUCUCACAAUAUCUCUUCCCCGAGAGGCAUAGCCUCAGGCUUGAAGCGUGGGACGAUGAGCCCAUACCUAUCAAAGUCGCGGACACGCAGUUCUACCGCACACCACUGCGUACGCUGUCCGAGUCCCUUGUGCAGGAGCUUCACGAUUCUUCCGUGGGAUUUUUUGAUCCGUCAUCGAUUGAGGCUUAUUUUGCGAAUAGCAAGGAGGCGCUUAACUGCAUCUAUGCCCCUUCCCGGGUGCUGGUCGAUUUGGAUGGCUCGGGCCAGAGAUCCGUAUGUUUCUUCAAGGGAAUAGCACAUGCAGACGCCAAGGACCGCAGUGCAAGCUUUUUGUCGAGCUUGCGGGCACACCUGCGAAUUUGUCAGUCCAAGCUGGGCCCGGAAACAUAUGUCGUUCGUCUUCUUGGCGUAGUUGGGGGCGCGGCAGUUGACAUGCGCAUCCAAGCCGCGGGCCUACUGCUCACCUACGUUGACCAUACCGGCAGCGGUCUUCUUGAGGACCGCCUGCGCGACAGGCUACUGCCGAAGACAUUCAAACUCCGCUGGGCGAACCAGCUUCGGGACACAGUUUCGGAGCUCCACGAAGCCGGCAUCAUCUGGGGAGAUGCAAGGCCUUCCAAUGUGAUGAUAGACAAACAUGACGAUGCUUGGAUUGUUGACGUCGGCGGCGACUGUGCUGGUUCAUAG